AUGGAUCCCAACAUGAACAACCUCCUCAAAUGGGGUAUCGAGAACUCGACUGCCUCGCGAGAAUCUGCCGACAGCGAGGCUCCUGCUCCUUCGUCCCGCAAGCUGACCCCGGAAAUGCUCUCCGCCCUCUUCGGAGGCCCCUCGGACGCCGACCUGAUGAAAGCCGCCAUGGAAGCGCUGCACUCGGACGAGGUCGACCUGGAGAACAAACUGAUCGCCUUCGACAACUUCGAACAGCUCAUCGAGUCCAUCGAUAACGCGAACAACCUCGAGCCACUGGGCCUCUGGACGCCACUGGUCGAGCUGCUCAAGCACGAAGAUGCGGACAUGAGACGGAUGGCCGCCUGGUGCAUCGGAACCGCAGUGCAGAAUAACGAAAAGGCUCAGGAUAAGCUCGUCGUCUUCAACGCCCUCCCCCAGCUUGUCAACAUGUCUACCUCCGACCCGGCGCCCGCCGCCCGCAAAAAGGCCAUCUACGCCCUCUCCUCCGGCCUGCGCAACUACCAGCCCGCCAUGGACGAGUUCGUCAAGCACCUUCCGGAAGGCUACCCUCGCGGCCAGAAGAUCGACGCCGGCGACAUGGAGGCGGUGGAUGCCCUGAUGGACAAGCUCAGAGCCCAUCCCUCGGAAGCAUCCGCGUAA